AUGAAUAAUAGUCUAUGUGAAAAUUUUGAUAUUUUGAGGAUGUAUUUACCUGAUAAUUUGGGCGUACCUGCAAAACUUGAAAUUAAAAGAAUUACAAAUUACGAUAAGUACUGCCCUAAUAAUAACUGCGAUACUGAUCUUGAUAAAAUUACGAUUGGAUUUUUAUGGUUACUUGAACAAUGUUAUUCUGCAUUCAAAAAUAAAAGUCAAGAUAUAAAUAGUGUUAAUGCAUUUUUUAUAUAUAUAAUUUCAUGGUUUAGUUACAAACUAAAGCAAAAUUUUAAUUAUACAAACACCCCAAUAAACGAUUUUUAUAAUCAACAUGUAAAAAAUAAUGAUAAAUAUAAAAGUUUUACAAGUCCUGCUUAUACAAUUGGAGAUCUUGGGGAAUUCAUGGAUGAACGAAAUGAUUUGCUGAAUAUUAAUAUUGAAGAUAUGUCUAAAUUUUAUGAUGCAUUAAAAUUAAUAUGUAGUAUGUAUAGUGAUGUUACAAUGACUAAACAUGACACACUGCCAACUAAUGCUAUUAUGUUUGUUAAAAAAUAUCAAGAACUUAACAAUGACUGUAAUAUUAAAGGUACCGCACGUAGUAAAAUAUUUUCUGCUUUAUCAACUGAUUAUAAUAAUUUAAAAGAAAAAUGUAAAGAUUUUAAAUCCCUUCCAGAGAUAACAGCAAACAUUUCUGCACUAACAUCUGGAGAUACAUCAUCAAGCUCGUCGAUAGGAAACAAAUUAUUUACAGUUUUAUCAAUAAUUGGUGCUAUAGCAUUUUUUUUAGGAAUUUCUUAUAAGUAUUCGUUAUUUGGGUUUCGGAAACGAUCUCAAAAACAAUAUUUAAGAGAAAAAAUAAAAAAUAUAAAGAAGAAAAUGAAUCAUUAA